AUGCGAAACCAGGUUGGAGUUUUUCUGGAAAGUGUUGUUCUUGCGGAAGCACAGCAUCAACCUUCAACAGAUAGAAGGUUAUGUUUCCUUGACGUGGUAAAGAUUACCAAUAACUUUGAGAGAGUUCUUGGAAAUGGAGGAUUUGGAACAAUUUACCAUGGUUACUUAGACGAAACUCAAGUAGCUGUUGAACUUCUUAUGAGAGUUCAUCACGCGAACUUAAUGGCUCUUGUUGGAUACUAUGAUGAGGACACAAACUUGGGGCUAAUGUAUGAGUUCAUAGCUAAUGGAAACUUAGAAGCACAUCUCUUAGGUUUGCAAAACCGAGCGGGUAUCUUGAGUUGGGAAGGGAGACUUCGAAUAACAAUAGAUGCUACAAAAGGAUUGGAGUAUCUCCAUAGUGGCUGCAAGCCACCCAUCGUUCAUAGAGAUGUGAAAUCUGCAAAUAUCUUAUUGAAUGAAAAUUUCCAAGUGAAAAUAGCUGAUUUUGGUCUCUCCAGAAGUUUUCCAAAUGAGGGUGGAACUCAUGUGUCAACAAAGAUUGCUAGAACCCCAGGAUUUCUUGACCCCGAAUAUAGUAGAUUAACUGAAAAGAGUGAUGUGUAUAGUUUUGGAGUGGUUCUCUUGGAGAUAAUAACAAGUAAACUUGUCAUUGAAAAUACGCUUGAGAAGACUCAUAUAAGUCAGUGGGUGAGUUUCAUGCUUUCCAAGGGGGAUAUUGCAAAUAUUGUUGAUCCGAGACUAUAUAGAGAUUUUAAGACAAACUCUGUCUGGAAAGCUGUAGAAGUAGCAAUGACUUGUGUUUCUCCAACUUCUGCCAAAAGACCAACCAUGAAUCAGGUAGCGGUGGAACUGAAUGAGUCUUUAGCAAUGGAGGUAGCUCGCAAGAAGAUAGGCAAGGAUGCCAAAUCAAGAGAUUCUAUGUUAUCGAUGAAUUUGAAUGUCGAUACUGAAUUAUCUCCCAUACCAAGGUAG